CUUAAUGACAGUGACAUCCCCCAUCGCACGACAAUCCGAAAGCGAGUUGAAGAGGUGUACCACGAGCACUUGAAGAAGAUAAAGAAGGACAUGGCGGCUGCUGUUGGGAAGGUGUCGACGACCAUGGACGUAUGGACAGACUCCAAUAUGCGCUCCUUCAUGGCCAUUACGGCACAUUGGAUCGAGUCUGUAACGGAG